AUGUGGAUCGAAGUGGAGGCGGAAGUUGGAGACUCGAAGGCGAAGGUUGAAGGCGGUGGUCGGAGGUGGGCGGACGGGAUGGAAUUCGAUUUGUGGGCGGGCGGGCUUGACGAUUCACUGAGGAAAAAAAAAUUUAAAUGCGCGAAUUUCAGGCGAAUGCACUCAAAUUUCAGGUCAUCUGUUUUCUGCUCUGAAAGCGGUGGAUUUUUUGCACAUUGUUCUGGUGAUGAGGGUUUGUUAAGGAGUUUUAACAUGAAAUUUAAAAAUGGCUGGCGAUCGGUUGUACCUAUUCACAUGCGAGGCGAAUCUUCCAGUGGAUUCUGUGUUUUUCCGAAAGUUAAGUCGCCAGGUCAGAGUCCCGGGACAGGUGGCGAAUCUGACUCGGGAUUCUGUGUGUUUCCUAAAGUUAAAUCGGCAGGUCACAUUCCUGAGAACUUUCCUGUUUAUCUCAAUGUGUAUGAUUUAACUCCCAUUAAUGGCUACCUUUAUUGGGCUGGAGUUGGUGUAUUUCACACCGGCGUCGAAGUGCACGGUGUUGAAUAUGCUUUUGGGGCUCAUGAAGACCCCUCAAGUGGAGUGUUCGAAAUCGACCCGAAGCAAUGCCCAGGGUUUAGAUUCCGGAAGUCGAUUUUCAUUGGUAACACACAUUUGAACCGUGACCAAGUUCGGGAAUUUAUGGAGCACCAAUCUGUGAACUACAAUGGCAACACGUAUCACCUUGUCGUUAAGAAUUGCAACCAUUUUUGUGAGGAUAUGUGCUAUAAGCUAACUGGAAAUCGCAUUCCCAAAUGGGUGAAUCGGCUAGCACGGAUAGGUUCGGUAUGCAACUUUAUUCUUCCAGAGGCCCUCAAAACGACCAAAGUACGUCAUGAUGCGAAUUGUCGAGACCCGGAUUGUGAGAGGAAGAGUUUGAGGAGAUCUCUAAGCUGCUUCUCUUCGAUUUCUAUGCACCACAGAAAUCGAGAAGUAUCGAUGUCAUCCUUGUUCCUACACACUCACUACAAAGGUUGUUUGCCCCCUUGGGAGCUUAAAAAACCAAGAAGUAAAUCAAUGAGAGAAAAAUAGGAAAAUAUAUAUAUAUAUAUAUAUAUAUAUAUAUUUUAUUUUUGGUUUACAAAU